GUAGCGAGUUGAGGGACAACUUCCUAAAAAACGACAGAAAUGGAGAAGAAGAGUGGUGACGGAACUCCCUCAAAUGCAGCACGUAAAUACAAGUACAGUGAGGCAAUGGAAUUCCUACUUCCCCACAUACAUAAUCGAGAAACAAGUUCAAUCUUGGAUCCUGUGUUUGAUGUGGACACACCAGGAGAAGCCUGUACCAAACAGGAAGAAACUGAGCAGGAGAAUGGUGACAUCUGUCCACAACGUGGGUCAGGCUUCAUCGUCAUCGUCCUCAGGCACGUCCGCAACAUCAGUCCAGUCUUCAAGUCCCAAAUUCACUUCAAAUCGAGGAGACAAUGUUGCAGUAUUUUCAAAGCAGCGAUAGUCAUGGUGACAACAUAACUGUAGAUCCAUUUUUUUCCAGCUUGUCCCCCAUUGUCCCACACUGUAAAAGUUACCUCAAUGCCAGCUCCAUUGCAAUGCGGUUAAAUUUUGGUCUUCUGAACAUUGAACAUACUACUAUAGGAAUUAAAAGUUCUGUGUCUUCUAAAUCUAAGUCGAUUCCUAUUGAUGUGAUAAACGUCUCACAUGUUACAAUUUAAGAAUCCAAAUAUGUUUCGUAGAUUAAAAAAAAAAGUUAACAGAAAAUGUUCUAACUUGCUAUGCUCCACCGCUAAAAAGAGAGCUGAUAUCUCGUUCCCUCUGACAUCACUCAAUAUUCAUCUGAUUGUUAGCUAACAAAGGGACAGUGGUUUGCAGUUUGCCAGAGCUAACAACCUGUUAAUAGUCUCAACAUAAAAGAUGCAAUGUCAGACAUGCAGCAUCACCAACAAAUGGAAAGCGAUGUAUAUAUGAUUACAUCUGAAUGACUUAUGAUAAAUCCAUAUGAAAUAAAUCAUAAAAUGUGCUAUUCUAAUUUCCGCUUGAAUUUUUCACUUUAACGUCUCUCAUUGUUACAGUUGCAAGUCAGUCUCAAUUUGCAGAAAUUACGAUUGUAAAGGAUUAUGAUCUUCCUCUUUUGUAGAUCUCGGAAAUAUCGGCUGAACAU